AUGGCAAGAACAAAGCAGACAGCAAGGAAGAGCACAGGAGGAAAAGCACCAAGAAAACAAUUAGCAACUAAAGCAGCCAAGAAAAGUACAACACCAGCAGUGGGAGGAAGCAUAAAGAGACCACACAGGUACAGAGCAGGCACUGUUGCACUUAAAGAAAUCCGAAGGUACCAGAAGUCUACAGAACUUCUUAUAAGAAAGCAGCCCUUCCAGAGAAUGGUAAGAGGGAUAUGCCAAGAAUUCAAAUCAGAUUCAAGAUUCCAAGGGAGUGCACUUGCAUCACUACAAGAAGCAACAGAAGCAUUCAUAAUUGGAUUAUUUGAAGAUGCCAAUGAUUGUGCUAUUCAUGGCAGAAGGGUUACAGUAAUGCCCAGGGACAUACAAUUAGCUAUGAAAAUCAGAGGUAGAUACAGACCUUAACCAGAAUUAGUAAAAAG